GCUUUCCCUCGACCCUUCCUCCUUCUACCACCCAUCAAUACCUUCAGUUCGUUAGCAAUCGUCUUCCCGUCGUUCAAUUCAACUUCUGAUCACACUCUCUGAGGCGUGGUCUAAUAAAAACCGUCAAAAUUUUCGCCACACUUCUUAACUCGCGGCACCACCCGUUCAACGGCCGGCGCUCAUCCAACCGUGGUGGGGCACCGGACUACGCAUUAUACGUCCAGUAAACAACUCGCAGUCUGAACACUCGCAUUAUCUGUCUCGCACGCCAAUCUGUCAACUGUGAACAAUGGCUCCCCACGCAAGCUCGGAUGUUGCUGCCAAUGGCGCCGUGAACGGGUCCGCUCGUGCCAACGCUCCUCUGUUUACCGUCAACUCGCCCAACGUCGUGUACACCGACAAUGAAAUCAGAAGCCAGUAUGCUUACCAUACCACUGAUAUCACCCGCACUGCCGACAACAAGCUCGUUGCCACUCCCAAGGCCACCAACUACCACUUCAAGGUCGACCGCAAGGUGGGCAAGGUGGGCGUCAUGAUGGUCGGCUGGGGUGGUAACAAUGGUUCCACCGUGACCGCAGGUAUCCUUGCCAACCGCCGUGGUCUCGAAUGGGAGACCCGCGAGGGCAUGCGCGCCUCCAACUACUACGGCUCUGUAGUCAUGGGUUCCACCAUCAAGCUCGGUACUGACGCCAAGACCGGUGAGGAGAUUAACAUUCCUUUCCACGACAUGCUGCCCAUGGUCCACCCCAAUGAUCUCGCUAUUGGUGGUUGGGACAUUAGCAGCCUGAACCUUGCCGAUUCCAUGGACCGUGCCCAGGUUCUGGAGCCUACCCUCAAGCAGCAGGUUCGUAAGGAGAUGGCCGAGAUGAAGCCCCUGCCUAGUAUCUACUACCCGGACUUUAUCGCUGCCAACCAGGAGGACCGGGCCGACAAUGUGCUCGAGGGCUCCAAGGCAUGCUGGGCUCAUGUUGAGAAGAUCCAGCAGGACAUUCGCGACUUCAAGGCUCAGAACGGCCUCGACAAGGUCAUCGUGAUGUGGACUGCCAACACCGAGCGUUACGCCGAUAUCCUGCCUGGCGUCAAUGACACGGCCGACAACCUCCUCAACGCUAUCAAGACCGGCCACCUGGAGGUGUCCCCGUCCACUGUCUUUGCUGUGGCCUGUAUCCUGGACAACGUUCCCUUCAUCAACGGCUCUCCCCAGAACACCUUUGUUCCCGGUGCUAUCCAGUUGGCUGAGCAGCACAAGGCCUUCAUUGGCGGAGACGACUUCAAGUCUGGCCAGACCAAAAUGAAGUCGGCUCUGGUUGACUUCUUGAUCAACGCCGGUAUCAAGCUCACCUCGAUUGCCAGCUACAACCACCUGGGCAACAACGACGGCAAGAACUUGAGCUCCCAGAAGCAGUUCCGGUCCAAGGAGAUCUCCAAGUCCAACGUGGUGGACGACAUGGUCGCGGCUAACAAGAUCCUCUACGCCGAGGACGAGCACCCCGACCACACCGUGGUGAUCAAGUACAUGCCUGCGGUGGGCGACAACAAGCGCGCGCUCGACGAGUACUACGCGGAGAUCUUCAUGGGUGGCCACCAGACCAUCAGUCUGUUCAACAUCUGCGAGGACUCCCUGCUGGCGUCUCCCUUGAUCAUUGAUCUGGUGCUGAUUGCGGAGAUGAUGACCCGCAUCAGCUGGAAGUCGGACGAGGCGGCCGAGUACAAGGGCUUCCACAGCGUGCUCAGCGUGCUCAGCUACAUGCUCAAGGCGCCUCUGACUCCUCCGGGCACCCCUGUGGUCAACUCGCUGACCAAGCAGCGCAGUGCCUUGACCAACAUCUUCCGGGCGUGCGUUGGACUGCAGCCUGAAUCCGAGAUGACUCUGGAGCACAAGCUGUUCUAGACACCCACCUAGUAAUGCUUAGCCAUCAUGCUAGGCGUUGAUCACACUUUACCCAUUGUUAGCCAACUACAGCCACUCUUUGAAUAU